AUGCGCACGAUCCGCUCCACUCUUUACACCGGAGAGGACAGCUGUUCCUCCUUCGCUUCCGCCGCCGCCUCGCCUGACCACGUGUUUGUGUCCGAGAACUUGACCGACUCUGUUGUGGACAUGCGCCUCGGGGAGCUCGCCGCCAGGAACUUCCUCAACUGCUCCGGCAAGUCAGAGAAAUCGUCGGCGGCGAAUUUGACCUCCUCCGCGGCGGCGGCGGAGGAGUUUUUGGAUAUCUCGCAGGCAUUCAGUGAUUUCUCCGGGUGUAGCAGCGAUAUAUCCGGGGAAUUGCAGCGAUUGGCGUGCUUGCCUUCUCCCAGACGAGGAGGGGAGGAGGAAUUGCAACCGGAGCCGGAGCCGUGCUUCGGGUUUCUGCAGAGGGAGAGCUUCUCGACGGAGAUAAUCGAGAGUAUUUCGCCGGAGGAUCUCCAGCCGAUGGUCAAGAUCUGCGUGGAAGAUAGGGAUGGGUGGCUGUGGUUUUUUUUUUCUUUUAUUUUUCGUUCCUUUUUUUUUCUUUUAUUUUUCGUUCCUUUUUUUUGUAGAGUUAUUGUCACACCCGUACCCAGAAUUUUAUGA